CAUGAUGACGUAAUUGGGCAAUCUCUCAUGUGUGUGAUGUAUUUAUGUGGCUAUGCAAAUUCGGCUUAAAGAUAUUUUAUAGGUUACGUUCUACAUUGUCCUAUGUCAAAUGUUGCAAAAUAUUACAGUAUUUAUUACAAAUAAAUAAAAUAAAAUCUUCACAAUAAGCACUGGUUAUACCUUUGCCAUAAACAGAGGAAAAAUAUGUUUAAUAGCAUAAAACAUUCACUAAGAUAUAAUGCAAGUAAAUUUGGUCAGUUAUUAACACAUUUCUCAGCAGAAACGACAACAGUUAAAAGCGAUCCAACGCAACGAGAAUGCACACGAAAUACUUAUCCACACCGCACAUGUGGACAGCCUACAUCGAUAACACAUCCUCACUUAAUAAAACCUGGAGAAGUACUGCCAGGUAUACCACUUCAGGAACUUGAGAGGAGACGUUCCAAGUUAGUAGAAAGCAUCACACUGGCGAUGCACACUAAGAAUAUACAUAGGCAACAAAUAGUCAUCAUACCUGCAUCACCCAAGAUCUACAUGUCUGAUAAAAUACCAUAUGUCUUUCGACAAAAUACAGACUUUCUGUAUUUCUCUGGGUGCCAAGAACCAGAGAGUAUUUUAGUGCUCACAUGCAAAGAAAAUAAGUCCUCGUUCACUUUAUUUGUCAGACCAAAAGAUGAACAUUCAGAAUUAUGGGAUGGUCCGAGAACUAGUGUUGAAACAGCAGCUGAAAUAUUUGGAACAGAUUAUGCCUUACCAGUUACAAAAUUUGAACAAUUUGUGGCUUCAUUCAUCCAGGAGGAUAAGAAAAGUAUCAUAUGGUAUGAUUAUGCUGAUGUUGUUCAACCAAUUUUACAUAAGAAGCUAUGUCAAUUGGUUAAAUUGACGGACAAUCAAAUAUUUGCUUCUCCCAAGACUUUAUUUCAUCAAAUUCGUUUAAUUAAGAGCGUUUACGAAAUCGAUUUGAUGCGAGAAAGCUGUCGAAUAGCUUCUAAUGCUAUUAUAAAAACGAUUCAAUCUUCGAAACCACAGAUGAGUGAACAUCAGUUAUUUGCUACUGUAGAUUACGAAUGUCGUAUGCACGGAGCUGAAUAUUUGGCGUAUCCUCCUGUUGUGGCAGCAGGCAAAAAUGCAAACAUAAUACAUUACAUUAGUAAUAAUCAAAUUAUUCGAAGUGGUGAUUUAGUUUUAAUGGAUGCAGGUUGCGAAUACCAUGGUUAUUCAUCUGAUAUAACGAGAACGUGGCCGAUUAAUGGAAAAUUUACACCAGAACAAAGAGUCCUUUACGAAAUAGUGCUUGAUGUUCAAAAAAAUUUAAUAAAGACCUUAAAAGACAUGCCAUCAUUGGACAACGUAUUUCGUCAUAUGUGCUUUCUUCUAGGAAAAAGGUUACAGGAUAUUAACUUGAUACCGAAGAACAUAGACGAAGAGAAGUUAUUAACGGCCGCGUACACGUAUUGUCCACAUCAUGUCAGCCAUUAUCUAGGAAUGGAUGUGCAUGAUGCAGGAAAAAUAUCUAGAAGCAUAAGGAUACAACCUGGAAUGAUAAUAACUAUAGAACCUGGUAUAUAUAUAAGCCCAAAAAAUCUUCAUGCACCACCACACUUUCAUGGAUUAGGUAUUCGUAUAGAGGAUGAUAUUUUAGUGACAGAAAACGGUUCGGAAGUUUUGACAAAAACUUGCCCGAAGGAAGUGGCGGAAAUUGAAGCUCUAGCGAGUCAAAAUCAAGGAUCAUGUUAAUAUUGUCAAUUCCAAACGUCCACUGUACAUACAAUAAGAUGGCUUUUUUAUUUACAUACAUAUAUAAACUAUAAAAUAUAUGCACGAAUAUCGCAUAUUAAUUGUGUACAUAAACAAUUGCAACC